UGCGCGAGACAUCACUACAGAAGGCGCUCGCACAAGAAACAGCCCCUUUACGUUUAUACACCUGUAUUAAUAUAAUAAACCGCGCGAGGGAAUAUAUCUUAGGAUCUCUGUGUAUGCAGCUCAAACAGAGGCUUUACUGUUCAAUCGUGAUACCCUCUUCUUCCUCGGCAGGCAUAUGUAUUUGGCAUCGCCGUUUCUUUAGUAAGCACCAAUGCAUGCAUGCACCCUCCUCCCUGCGCUCUCAAAUAGAUGGUGCAAGUAAAGAUGUCCAAAUCUUCCGCAGACCAUCAGUCUGGUGUAGAAAGCACUUCUCAAUCGCACUAUUUUCAGCUACCACGAAAGCUGCCGAAGCGCAAGGGUCGUUUUAAACGCUCAGAUGGCAGCACCUCGUCUGACACCACCUCCAGCUUCAUCAAACGACAGGGUUCAGCCGAUUCGUACACGAGCAGACCUUCGGAUUCCGACCUGUCAGCGGAGGAGGACCGCGAGGCGUAUCGGCGUGAAGCCGAACGCCAGGCCCAGCUGCAGCUCGAGAGAGCCAAGUCCAAACCUGUAGCGUUCGCAGUGAAGACCAAUGUGAAUUAUUGCGGGGCUCUAGAUGAGGACUGUCCUGUUCAGGGUGCUGCCAUAAACUUUGAAGCCAAAGACUUUCUGCACAUUAAAGAAAAGUACAAUAAUGACUGGUGGAUUGGAAGGCUGGUGAAGGAGGGGGCAGACAUCAGCUUCAUUCCUAGCCCCCUCCGACUGGAGGCCAUGAGACUGAAACAGGAGCAGAAACAACAGAGGAAAAGUGGUAACUCCUCCUCAAGCCUCGGCGACAUGGUAUCAGGAGGUUGGAGAUCCACGCCGCCAUCUGCAGGUGAGACCAAACAGAAGCUAAAGCAGACUGAACACAUUCCUCCAUAUGAUGUGGUGCCAUCCAUGAGGCCUGUGGUUCUGGUUGGGCCUUCACUGAAGGGCUACGAAGUGACAGAUAUGAUGCAGAAAGCCCUGUUUGACUUUCUCAAACAUCGCUUUGAUGGACGGAUUUCUAUAACACGAGUGACCGCUGACCUUUCUUUGGCCAAGAGAUCGGUUCUCAAUAAGAGACCUAUCAUGGAGAGGUCGAACACUCGAACCAGUUUGGCGGAAGUACAGAGUGAGAUCGAGAGAAUAUUUGAGCUGGCCAAAACCCUUCAGCUGGUGAUUCUAGAUGCAGACACCAUUAACCAUCCAGCACAGCUAGCUAAAACCUCAUUAGCUCCUAUUAUUGUGUACGUCAAAGUCACCUCUCCAAAGGUCCUACAGCGAUUGAUAAAGUCGAGGGGUAAAUCACAGAGCAAACACCUCAAUGUUCAGAUGAUGGCAGCAGAUAAACUGUCUCAAUGUCCUCCUGAGAUGUUUGAUGUCAUUUUGGAUGAGAACCAGUUGGAGGACGCAUGUGAGCACCUCGCUGAAUAUAUGGAGGUCUACUGGCGUGCCACUCAUCUGCCCGGCACCACCCCUCUCAACCCUCUUCUGGAGCAAAAUCUGAUGACCCCACCCUCAGCAAUCUCCAGUCUACAGAACCAGCAGCUGUCGCCUGCCGGGGGUGGAGGGGGAGUGGAAGAGGAGGAGCAGGGGGAGCAGGACAGCCUCAUGCCUUCUGACGAGGCUAGUGACUCUCGUUCCCUCCGCCGAGGCGGUUCUAGCUCCCUGCACCCCCCAGAGGAUGAGGAAGAAGAGGAGGAGGAGGAAGAGGAGGUAGAUGAUUAUGAACCCCACUGUCACUCUCACCCAUACCAGGAAGUGUAUCCGCCCAACCGUAACCACCCUGGUGGCAUCCACAGCGCUAACGGACACGAUUCACAAGACCGACUCCUGCAGCAGCGAGACUCGCAGGAUGGACACAACCAACGGAACAACCGCCAGCGCACGAGAGCCUGGCCAAGAGACAACUACUGAGCGCCUGGCUGCAGGAGUCUGGAGGAGAGGGUUGGGUCAUGAAUUGGGGUGAGGGGUGAUGGGAAUUGGUGAGGAACUGUAAACGCACAGUGUGUAUGUGUGUGUGUGGUGUGGGUGUGGAUGAAGCUGCCCUUGAUUGACGAAAAGAUCCUGUAGUUUUUAAAGCUUAUGUGGUCGUUAUUGUUUGAGGCAUUGUACUACAUUUGCUUUUAAAAGACCGGGCAGCUUUUCUCCAUUAAGAUCACAUGCAUGUUCAUAUUGACACAAUAUUUGAACUUCCUCUGGAAACCCUAACCCCACCCGAGUCAAAUAUUACUUUAUUAUUUUGCGUAUCAUACGCUCUCCCUGAACCUAAUGAACACAGAAGGCUUUAUGGGAAAUGGAAAAGCACUUUUAUAGCAUGGGCUGUGAGUCACAAUGAAAGAUAUUGUAGCAUUUUGUUGCAUCUUACAUUUAUGGCUUCUUUUUUUUGCUAGAGCUCUUGUAAAUGUGAAUAUUACUCACUAUUUUUUGGUUCAAGCCCUCAGUCAUGGUGUUGUCUGAUUGUAACCCAUAUGCACUUGUCUUAUAAUGAGUUGUUUAUUGGUACUUCUCUGGAAAUCAUUCAAGAAACUGACAUGAACAGUCAUUUUCACAGUCACGUUCACAAAUGUAGCACACAUUGCCAUUUGCAAAGCACCAUGUAAAAGCGGUAUAUGUAGGAAAGGAAUUCAGGGUUACACUCUGCUGUCGUAGAGUUAAAUAUUAUUGGGACUAUAGUCUUGGUUUUCCCAUGAGGUGAAUUCCAACUCCAGAUUGAAAAGCAGCAGUCGAUCUUCCUGCAUUUAUUUACUGCCUCGUAAAGAAUUAGGUCAGUGUGAAUGGUUUCUUUUUCUGGGAAAUGAGAAAGACUGGAGUUAUGUUAUGUUAUCAUAUAGUAGAUCAGCACCGAUAUAUUGGAUUUUUAUAGAAGUAAAUGAAGCUCACCAGUUUUGACGUCCAUUUUGGGAUAGUCAUGUUCUUCCCCUGUGACUUUAACGAGUAGAAAGUUGGGCAAAGUUCACAUAUUUUGCACAUUUCCAAAUAAUUUAUUGGUUGAUCUUAUCAGACACAGCAUAAGGAGAAAGCCCACUAAUAGAAACAUUUUAUUAUGAGAAAUCAUAACACUCAGAAUUGCAUCUUCAGGACAUGAAGUCCCUCCUUAAAAGAACCAAUCGCCUUAAGGCAUCCUGGUCUCUUUUUGAUCUUGCAUGCUCAUUAGCUAGACUAAUCUAAUUUAUAAAGCUAAAGGAGCUAAAUUUAGAUUUUUGUAUCAUUGUGUCUGGGUGAUUUUAACUAAUUUUUUAAAGAUUGGCAAACUCCCUAUUUAAGUAGAGAGGAGUUGUACUUGCUUGCCUGGAAACUAGCAUUACCAAAAUGGCCACUAAAUAAACUGCCUCAGAAGGAAUUUUUCUUUACCAAGAAGAAAGUGGCUCUGACAAGUGAGUGAUCUUCCUCUGUCCUCUCACUCUUUCCUCUCCAAGGCUCUGGAUGUCUAAGGGUGUGGUUACUGUGGCCUACUUUAAAACAUAGUGUCACUUCUUGCUUUGGCGACACAUUGACUGCUAGCUAGUUUAAUAACCUUACUGGUAAUUACAUUAGCAUAUAUCAGCCAGGUUGUGUUACGACCAAAUCCAAGAAAGUUUGUCCCUUUUCUCAUAACCAUGACUCUAGACUCGGAUGUUACCUGUAGCAACUUAGGCUAAGGUUUAUCGAGUGUAGGACCAUUCAAAAUGGCCUUAAUACUUCCCUAUAUCUCUUUAUAACUGCAUGUCUCAAA